GUGACGGGCACGCGCCUCCUCUAUCUCCCCAUGUGACGGGCACACGCUCUCUCUCUCUCUGUCACUGAACUUCCAUCAUCUCCCUCCCCAAUUCCUCCUCCUCUACCACCGGCGGGGGCGCGCUCAGGGGGUCUCGGGCACGCACUGACUGAAGUACGGAGUGUCCGAUGGGCGGGAGCGCGCGGCUCCGGCCUGUCUAUUGGCGGUGAUAGGGUGAAGAUGGCGCCGGGCGGAUGGAAAUCCUAAUGACAGUCUCCAGGAUCGCUUCUAUCUGUACCAUGGGCGCCAAUGCCUCGGCUUUAGAGAAAGAGAUUGGACCGGAACAGUUUCCAGUGAAUGAGCACUAUUUUGGUUUAGUAAAUUUUGGGAACACCUGCUACUGUAACUCAGUUCUCCAAGCACUUUAUUUCUGCCGCCCAUUCCGGGAAAAAGUCCUUGCUUACAAAAGCCAACCGAGAAAAAAAGAAAAUCUUCUCACCUGCUUAGCAGACCUCUUCCACAGCAUAGCCACUCAGAAAAAGAAGGUCGGAGUGAUUCCUCCAAAGAAGUUCAUUACCCGCUUACGCAAAGAAAAUGAACUCUUCGAUAACUACAUGCAGCAGGAUGCCCAUGAGUUCCUAAACUACCUGCUCAAUACAAUAGCUGACAUUUUGCAGGAAGAGAGAAAGCAGGAGAAACAAAACGGUCGAAUACCAAAUGGUAGUAUCGACAAUGAGAACAAUAACAGCACACCAGACCCCACCUGGGUUCAUGAGAUCUUUCAGGGAACGUUAACAAACGAAACGAGGUGUCUUACUUGUGAAACGAUAAGCAGUAAAGAUGAAGAUUUUCUAGACCUUUCUGUUGAUGUAGAACAAAAUACAUCAAUUACACAUUGUUUAAGGGGAUUUAGCAACACGGAAACCCUUUGUAGUGAAUACAAAUAUUACUGUGAAGAAUGUCGCAGUAAACAGGAAGCACAUAAGCGGAUGAAAGUAAAAAAGCUGCCUAUGAUUUUAGCUCUUCACCUAAAGAGGUUUAAAUACAUGGAUCAGCUGCAUCGAUAUACAAAGCUCUCAUACAGAGUAGUCUUUCCUUUAGAGCUUCGGCUAUUUAACACAUCAGGAGAUGCCACCAACCCAGACAGAAUGUAUGACUUGGUAGCUGUGGUGGUCCAUUGUGGAAGUGGUCCCAACAGAGGACAUUAUAUUGCAAUAGUGAAAAGUCAUGAUUUUUGGCUGUUGUUUGAUGAUGACAUUGUAGAGAAAAUUGAUGCACAAGCUAUUGAAGAAUUCUACGGGUUAACAUCAGACAUCUCAAAGAACUCUGAAUCUGGUUAUAUUCUCUUCUACCAGUCUCGAGACUGAGCGAGAACUGUCACAAAGACAUACAUUCUGCCUCAUUUCUUCUCUGGACAAGUGGAGCAAGGAGAAAGCACUGAUAGAUAUAUGUCUAUAUAUAAUUUAAGUUAUAUAGAUGUGUAUAUAUAUAUAUAUAUAUAUAUAGAUAUAAAUAUAAAAAAAACUACAGAGAGGGGGGAAAAAAGUAAAAAAAACAAAAAAACUCGAGAGCUCAGGGGGGCAUUAGCGCAGUUUGCACACGCCGAAGCAAAGAACACGGAUUGAGCAGACAGAUACUCAUAUCAUGAAAAUUGAUUUAUUUGCUCUCAGGUAUCACGCUCACUAUUACAGUCCCAUCACUACUGCUACUACAGCUAACCAUGAACAGAAAUGGUCAUUCCUAUUGUUGGAUCACAUUUUACAGUUAUUGCUAUUCUUAAUUGUCUUUUAGCUAGCUAAUACAGCUGUUCUUAAAAAGCAUUCAAUGACAGAAACCUGUUCUGUCAUUUUUUUUUCACACUGACCACCCUACACAGCUAAGCAGGCCUAAAAAGAAAAAAUGUUUGAAAUUCUAAAAACCUAAGUCGCUGUAAAAAUACUAAAAUAAAGUAUAUAUAUUUAUAUAUUUGCGCCCAGCAACCGCAAUUGCCUUUCUUGGAGUGAAUAAGAAGACAUAUUUGAAGCUUUCAGUUGAUUGGAUGCCUGGAGAAGCUUACAGUCAUAGAUGACCAGAUUGGGAACAAUGCACAAAGUUUGUUAUGCCCCCUGUUAUUUUGGGGAGGUGGCAGCUGAACUGUGGAAAAUUCUUUAAAAUGUUUGCAGUAGGCACGCCGGUUUUUGCUUCAGAAUUAGAUGAGGUAUGGAAUCUUCCAUUCAAUCCGUUACAUAGAAAGUUCUGUAACCUGGAGAUGAAAACAUUUCUGUAAAAAUGUAAUUCACAUAGGGAAGUAUUUACAAAGACUGAGUUCGUCAGGGGCCUCCACAGAGCAAAUCUGACGGUGAGCUAAAGGAUUUUCAUUGAUUUUCUGCGUUUGUAUGCCUGGAAAUCCAUCCGCAGCAUUUCACCAUGAUUUGUAAUACAUUUUAUUGUUUUGCAAUAUUAUCUGCACUUCCUACAUCUUAG